CCGACCCAGGUAUUCUUUGCAAGUGGUUCUUUAUUCCAUAUCUUCAACCAUAGAAAACAAGCAGGGGAGAGUGCACGUGGGACGCGGGGGUAUCCCCUCGGUGACGGGACCGUUUGGCGCCGAGGCGCUUCGUCAGACCGAGAUAGUGAGGUCACGGGAAGGGGUGUGCUUUAAAACAGGGGUGCAGGAUCUGAUGAUGGCAGACUCCACUAUGAUCAAUGGCGCGCACACUGAUCUAUGGGCAUCUCAUAACCAGAUGGUACUGGAGCCUCUAGAAACAAACGAUCCAGAGGUGUAUGAGAUUAUCCGUAAGGAGAAGCACCGUCAGCGCUACGGCCUGGAGCUCAUAGCCUCGGAGAACUUUGCCAGCUGUGCGGUUUUGCAGGCUCUUGGCUCAUGUUUAAACAAUAAGUAUUCCGAGGGUUACCCGGGACAGAGGUACUAUGGCGGCACAGAGCACGUGGAUGAGUUGGAGAGGCUGUGUCAGAAGAGAGCGCUAGAGACGUACAGUUUGGACCCCCAGAAAUGGGGAGUAAAUGUGCAGCCGUAUUCAGGUUCCCCUGCUAAUUUUGCCGUUUACACUGCCCUGGUGGAACCUCAUGGAAGGAUCAUGGGACUGGACCUGCCAGAUGGUGGACACCUUACCCAUGGCUUCAUGACCGACAAGAAGAAAAUCUCUGCAACGUCCAUCUUUUUUGAAUCCAUGCCAUACAAGGUGAACCCAGACACUGGUUAUAUAGACUACGAUAGACUAGAAGAAAACGCCCGCUUGUUUCAUCCCAAACUAAUAAUUGCCGGUGUCAGCUGCUACUCCCGAAAUUUGGACUAUGGCCGGAUGAGGGCUAUUGCUAAUGAAAACAACGCUAUCCUGAUGGCCGACAUGGCGCACAUUAGUGGGCUGGUGGCAGCCGGUGUGGUGCCUUCUCCUUUUGAACACUGUGAUAUUGUCACCACUACAACUCACAAGACUCUGCGUGGCUGCCGUGCCGGCAUUAUCUUCUAUCGGAAGGGAGUCCGCAGCGUGGAUCCAAAGACUGGAAAGGACAUUUUGUACAACUAUGAGAGUCUUAUCAAUCAGGCUGUGUUUCCUGGCCUCCAAGGUGGACCUCAUAAUCACGCUAUAGCAGGUAUUGCUGUAGCGCUAAAACAAGCCAUGAGCCCAGAGUUCAAGUUGUACCAGACACAGGUAGUCUCCAAUUGCCGGGCGUUGUCGAGUGCAUUGGAAGAAUUCGGUUAUCACAUUGUUACUGGAGGCUCAGAUAAUCAUCUCAUUCUGGUCGAUCUGAGGAACAAGAAGACAGACGGAGGAAGAGCGGAGAAGGUGCUCGAAGCCUGCGCCAUUGCUUGUAACAAGAACACCUGCCCAGGUGACAAGAGCGCCCUUCGCCCCAGUGGCCUUCGGUUUGGAACCCCUGCCCUGACUUCUCGAGGUUUCCGGGAAGAGGACUUCAAAAAAGUUGCGCACUUUAUCCACCAAGGCAUUUUGCUCACACUGGAGAUUCAGUACGAUAUGAACCCCAAGGCGACACUUAAGGAUUUUAAGGACAAACUGGCGUCUGAAGGCAAACACCGGGAGAAGAUCUCUUCCCUGAAGGAGGAGGUGGAGCAGUUCUCCAGCUCAUUCCCUAUACCUGGCCUGCCGGACUUGUGAAUGAGGUGCAGAUCUGGCCUUCCCUCUUAUAAUGGAGGGGAGAUAGGGCCUAGAUUAGAUUUGUCGUGGUCGAUGCCACACUUACCGCUGCUCUACUUAGAAAAAGGAUACACUGGAAUAAGUCUUAUGAAACACGGCUAUUAAUAGGAAAUGUGAUUUCAUUCUGGCCCCCGGGCACAAUCACAUGUCCUUCUCAGACGGGAGCUUCUGGACCAGAAUCUUUCUUAAAGGGGUACUGCUCUGGAAAACAUUUUUAUUUUAAAUCAACUGGUGCCAGAAAGUUAAACAGAUUUGUAAAUUACUUCUAUUAAAAAAAAAAUCCCAAUCCUUCCAGUACUUAUCAGCUGCUGUAUAAUCCACAGGAAGUUCUUUUCUUUUUGAAUUUCCUUUCAGCCUGAGCACAAGUGCUCUGCUGACACCUCUGUCCAUGUCAGGAACUGUCCAGAGCAAGAGAAGUUUGCUAUGGGGAUUUUCUCCUGCUCUGGACAGAAGGAAAUUGAAGAAAAUAAUUUCCUCUGUAGUAUACAGCUGCUGAUAAGUACUGGAAGGAUUGAGUUUUUUUUUUUUUUAUAGAAGUAAAUU